GCCAAGAUGGCGGACGAGGAGGGCGAAGCGCGGCCGGGGGCGCGGAACGGGGCCGGGGAGGGACCCCCGGGCGGGCCCCGCGUCGUCCGCAUCGUCAAGUCCGAGUCGGGCUACGGCUUUAACGUCCGCGGGCAAGUGAGCGAAGGCGGGCAGCUGCGCAGCAUCAACGGCGAGCUGUACGCGCCGCUGCAGCACGUCAGUGCCGUGCUGGGCGGAGGGGCCGCCGACCGCGCCGGGGUGCGCAAGGGGGACCGCAUCCUGGAGGUGAAUGGGGUGAACGUGGAAGGAGCCACGCACAAGCAGGUGGUGGAUCUGAUCCGCGCCGGCGAGAAGGAGCUGGUGCUCACGGUGCUGUCGGUGCCGCCGCACGAGGCCGAGAGCCUGGAGCCGCCCGAGGAGCCGCUGGGGCCACCCUUCUACGACUACAGCGAGAAGCAGGCGGUGCCCAUCUCCAUCCCCACCUACAAACACGUGGAGCAGAGCGGGGAGAAGUUUGUGGUGUACAACGUUUACAUGGCCGGGAGGCAGCUGUGCUCCAAGCGCUACCGGGAAUUCGCCAUCCUGCACCAGAACCUAAAGCGCGAAUUCGCCAACUUCACCUUCCCGCGCCUGCCCGGCAAGUGGCCGUUCUCGCUGUCCGAGCAGCAGCUGGACGCCCGCAGGAGGGGCCUGGAGGAGUACCUGGAGAAGGUGUGCUCCAUCCGGGUCAUCGGCGAGAGCGACAUCAUGCAGGAGUUCCUGUCGGAGUCGGACGAGAAUUACAACGGCGUCUCCGACGUGGAGCUGCGGGUGGCGCUCCCGGACGUCACCACGGUGACAGUGAGGGUGAAGAAGAACAGCACCACGGACCAGGUGUACCAGGCGGUGGCUGCCAAGGUGGGCAUGGACAGCGUCACCGCCAACUACUUCGCCCUCUUCGAGGUCAUCAACCACUCCUUUGUGCGGAAGUUGGCUCCCAACGUUCCCCACAAGCUCUACGUGCAGAACUACACCUCGGCCGUGCCGGGGACGUGCCUGACGCUGCGCAAGUGGCUCUUCACCACCGAGGAGGAGGCGCUGCUCAACGACAACGACCUGGCCGUCGCCUACUUCUUCCACCAGGCCGUUGAUGAUGUCAAGAAAGGCUACAUCAAAGCCGAGGAGAAAUCCUACCAGCUGCAGAAGCUCUGCGAGCAGAGGAAGAUGGUCAUGUACCUGAACAUGCUGCGGACGUGCGAGGGCUACAACGAGAUCACCUUCCCUCACUGCUCGUGCGACUCGCGGCGCAAGGGCCACGUCAUCUCUGCCAUCAGCAUCCGCCACUUCAAACUGCACGCCUGCACCGAGGAGGGCCAGCUCGAGAACCAGGUGAUCGCCUUCGAGUGGGAGGAGAUGCAGCGCUGGGACACGGACGAGGAGGGCAUGGCCUUCUGCUUCGAGUACGCGCGCGCCGAGAAGAAACCGCGCUGGGUCAAGAUCUUCACCCCCUACUUCAAUUACAUGCACGAGUGCUUCGAGCGAGUGUUCUGCGAGCUCAAGUGGAGGAAGGAGAACCUUUUCCAGCUGGUCAGGUCACAGCAAAGGGACGCGGCCACUUAACCCCGGGAGCUUUUCCAGAACCCCCCAAAAUUCCCUUAUUGUAUUAAAGCCCCCCCCCAAACUAAAUCUCAUUAAUUCCAAAUCCAUUCGUGCCCGUCAUCUUUAUGGAAUUCCAGAGGGGAAAAAAAAACACAAAAAAAUUGGGAAAAGCCACCCGAGGGGGCUCCACUUUCCCACUCAGAUCCAGCUCCAGGCUGGGAAUUUUGGGAUUUUUCUUUUUUUUUUUUUUUAAACUGGAAUUAAGAAUUUGUUGUUUCUGCUGGGUCAGACGUGGAAAAAUAGGGGGGAAAAAAAAAGCAGGAAAAAGCCCUGGAAUGUUCUAUUCCUGCUUUGGCAUCCAUGGGAAUAAUUCCUUUAAAAUAAUUCCUUUAAAAUCCCACAGGGUGGCAGCAGCUCUUAUUUAAAGGGAUUUUCUGCCUCUUUCUCCUCCCAAUCCAGGUUUUAAUCACUACAGAUUAAAAAAAAAAAACCAGGAAGAACAUCCAAAAGGAGUAAAAUUCCAAGGAAAUUCCAGUCCUGGCACGAGGAUCCCGCUCAUGGAUUUGUUUUUCUGCUUUUUGUGGUGUUUUCCCAGGGAUUUGGGUGUGCCUGGUUCUUUGGGAAGGGAUCUGGGACAUUCCA